AGCACAGAGAUUAAUAAAUGGGAAUUACAGGCUUUGGCGGGAUGUUGCUUUUCUUUAAUCCCCAUUUUCGAAACUAAACUUUACAUUGAUGGCUGAUUGCUGAUAUUAACAUCUCUUCUUCUUCUUCUUCAUCAACAACCACUCAGCUCUAUCAUCAUUUUCACUCCUAACAACAUAGAAAACGAAUCACUCACUAGAUUCAUAUCAUCAUCAUCACCGUCGAACUCAAAAAGUCUUAUUAAUAAAUCUUACUUCCAAAUUAAGUAGAUCUUGUAAUUAGUGUGAAUUUGAAAUCUGAAGCUCAAAAUUUGAUUUGAUAAUUGCAAUUCCCGUUUAAUGCAUUUGUAGUUUUCAGCUUUGGAAUCUGAUUGAAGCUUUUUUGGGGAAUUUUUUUAGUUGAUUACGGGAAAUGUUGAAGAAGGGUGAAGCAGGAAAGCUGAUGUUUAACUGCUGCUGAUUUGUUUAGUCACAAUGUCGAGGAUUGCCAAGUGGAAGCUUGAGAAGACUAAAGUGAAAGUGGUUUUCCGGCUGCAAUUCCAUGCUACAAAUAUACCACAAACUGGAUGGGAUAAAUUGUUCGUUUCUUUCGUUCCCGCCGAUUCUUUGAAGGCAACAGCAAAGACAAGCAAAGCAAGUGUAAGAAAUGGGACUUGCAAGUGGGCAGAUCCUAUUUAUGAAACUACGAGGCUUAUUCAGGAUACCAAAAGCAAACAGUAUGAAGACAAGUACUAUAAGCUUGUUGUUGCAAUGGGUUCUUCUCGGUCGGGCUUUCUUGGUGAGGGUAUUAUCAACCUUGCUGAUUACGCAGAUGCAUCACAGCCUUCUGCUAUUGCUCUGCCUCUUCAAGGAUGCAACUUCGCUACAAUUUUACAUGUUGCUGUCCAGCCACUCACUUCUAAAACCGGGUUCAGAGAAUUUGAACAGCAGAGGGAACUCAGAGAGACAGGUUUGCAAACUACUGUCCAAGGUGAUUAUAAUGGAUCUACUGCAAAUUUAGCAUCUACUGGUGAAAUGGCCCGUGAUCAGGUUAAUGGGAGAGUUAGGUUCAAAUCAGAAUCUAAAGACCUCCCUGCACUUGAAGAGGUGGAAGAGUUGAAUGAAGACUAUGCUGACUCAGCCACCGGGAUCGAUGUUUCGUCAACCACGUCAGGAAGUCUAUAUGCGGACAAGCAUGAUUCAAGCACACAUGAAAUUGAUAGUCUCAAGAGCACAACCUCUGGUGAUUUAGCUGGACUUUCCCUUAAUCAGAGUCCUAAUCCUGAUAAAGGGGACCAUCGGAAUGUGGGACAGGGUGGCAAUGAUUGGGUCCAUGCAUGGAGUUCAGACUAUUCCAUGGAUAAUGACUUAGCAGCUGCUUAUGAAGAAAACAGUAGACUUAAAGGAAGCUUAGACAUGGCCGAAUCCUCUAUCUUAGAACUCAAACUGGAAGUGACUUCUUUACAGAACCUUGCAAAAGAAUUAGGUUCUAAAACUCUGAAGUUUGAUAAAGUACUAGAUGCUGAGGUUGUUUCUGGAAAGGAGCUUGCGAAAGAGGUUUCUAUACUCAAAUCUGAGUGUUCAAAGUUCAAAUAUGAUUACGAACAGCUUAAGGAUUCCAGAUCGAGUCAUCAUUUUACAUCUGGAGACAUUGUUGCAGAAGAUCAGGCUCUUCUAUUUCAAACCCUGCAUAUGGGAUGGUUGCAGGGUCUUCUAGUUAUGGAGGAAAAUGUAAGAUCCAUACAGAACAAGGGUUGCCACGAUUACCAUGGAGGAGACUUUCGUUAUCUUCAGCCAGAGUUAGAAUCACUAGAAAAGGUUCUCCACAAUCUUAAGCAAGUAACCACACAAGUGCCCUCGUCACUAGAUGUGAAAGCAGCUCCGGCAGAUAUGAAGCAUAGCCAAGCGAUGAGGUUCGAGGAAUCUGAGAAGUUCAUCUCUGGAAACAGACUGCUAAAUAUCGGCACAGAUUUGUACUCGGGGAGGUCUCCUCAGCUGUCUCAGGAGCCUGAUCAUUAUGUCACAACCAUUGCAUUUGAAGCUAAAAUUAGUGGACUUCAAAAGGAGUUGGAGGAGUCCAAAUUUGAGCGAGAUAGCCUCACCAAAAAAUUGGAUCAGAUGGAGUGCUACUAUGAAGCUCUCAUUCAGGAGCUUGAGGAAAGUCAGAAGCAAAUGCUUGGAGAGUUGCAGAGUCUCAGAACUGAGCACUCUACUUGCUUUUACACAAUUUCUUCUUGUAAAACUCAAAUGGAAGCAAUGCACCAAGACAUGAAUACACAGUUUGUAAGGUUUGUUGAGGACAAGCGUGACUUAGUGUCUCUUAACAAGGAGCUUGAGGAAAGGGCAAUCACUUCAGAAACAGCAUUAAAAAAGGCUCGCUGGAAUCACUCUGUUGCAGUGGGUCAGUUACAAAAGGAUCUUGAAUUGCUAUCCUUCCAGGUUUUAUCAAUGUUUGAGACUAAUGAGAACCUCAUUAAACAAGCCUUUAAAGAAUCAUCUUUAGAUUGUUAUCAGGACUACCUGGAAGAGAAAUCAGAAGCAAUUGAUUCAUGCCUACCGAAGAAAACUGGAGUAAGAAAUCUGGAUACUCUGGAUGUGUUGAUGGAUUCGAAGAUUGAGCUUCCCAUUACAAAUAUUAAGAGAAGGGUAGAUUCUACAAAAUCUGAUGCUCUCAAACCCUUGCAAUUCCAGGACCAGAAUGAAGAUGAGCAGCUCUUGAGUGGAGAUACACAUUUUGUGGAUCUGAAAAGAUCGCUUCGCUUGCAGGAAGAACUGUACCAAAAGGCAGAAGAUGAACUUGGUGAAAUGCAUAUGGUGAACUUAAAUCUGUACAUAUUCUCAAAAGUUUUACAAGAAACCUUGCAGGAAUCUACCAAUGGAAUCAAGCUCAUGAAACAGAAGCUGGGCGAACUUGCUGAGCAGCUAGAUCACUCAACUGUGUCCAAUGAGUUGCUGAUGAUAAGGCUGCAAGCCACUCUAGAUGACGUGAAUGCCCAGAAGGAGAUAAAUGCUGAUUGUGUCAGAAAGUAUAACGAACUAGCUUCUCAUAAUCUAAUGAUGGAAGAGAAAUUUCAGGGGGUCUAUGAUGAGAAUUCUGAUCUUAUUCACAAGAUCUCAGAUUAUGAAAGUCUAAUCAUUGAAUACAGAAGUUAUGAAAGUAAAUUUGAUGUUUGCACAUCAGAAAAAAACGAGCUACUGAACUUGUUGAAGCAAGAAAAUAUGGAUAAAUACAGCCUUCAAAAUGAAGUUACUUUUCUCCAUGAUGAAUUGAGAAACUUGAAAACAGAUUUUGAUAUUCAGUCUUCUUUCAAGGGGGAUCUAGAAAAAAAAGUAUCUUCACUACAAGACGAGUUGGCUUUGCAAACUCAAGUACUGGAAGAGAAGCUACAGGGUCUUUCUGAUGAAAAUGGUCUUCUUGCUCAAAAAGUCUCAGAAUAUGAAAGUUCAAUCUUGGAAUAUAAAGGUUACGAGAAAAAAUAUGAGAUAAGCACACUAGAGAAAACUGAACUGGAGAAUUCGUCAAGGCAGGAAAGUCUAGAGAAAAGUAGACUUCAGCACGAAGUUUGUUCUCUUCAUGAGGAGUGGAGAAAUUUGAAAGCAGAUUUUGAUUCUCAGUCUUUGCAAACUCAAGUACUGGAAGAGAAGCUACAGAAUCUUUCUGAGGAAAAUGGUCUUCUUGCUCAAAAGGUCUCAGAAUAUGAACGUUCAAUCUUGGAAUACAAAGGUUACGAGAGAAAAUAUGAGUUAAGCACUGUAGAGAGAACUGAACUGGAAAAUUCGUCAAGGCAGGAAAGUCUAGAGAAAAGUAGACUUCAGCAUGAAGUUAGUUCUCUUCAAGAGGAGUUGAGAAAAUUGAAAUCAGAUUUUGAUUCUCAGUUUUCACUGAAGGGUAAUCUAGAACGAACUGUCUCUUCUUUGCAAGAUAAGUUAUCUUUGGAAAAUCAAAUGCUAGAAGAAAAGCUAAAGGGAACUUUAGAUGAAAAUAUCAUUCUUGCUCAAAAGGUAUUGGAAUACGAAAAAGUGAAGCUAAAAUAUGAAUCUGAUAUACAAGGUAUGGCAAAUAAGCUAGAUGCUUCCAUGGGCCAUCUUGCAAGGCUUCAGCUGGAAAUUGAAGAUAUUACCAAUAAACUUAAGCUCAGCUCAGAAAAUGAAGAACGAUAUGCCGCGAAUACCCAAGAGAUAUCAUCAAAGCUUGCAGCAUUUGAAGCUGAGGUGCAAAAUGUUACUGGUGAGAACAGAGAUCUUGUUCAGAAGAUUUUGGCGUUAGAGAAUGUAAAUGCAGAGCUUGAGAGAACUAAGUUGAUACUUGCUGAUUCUGAAAGGCAGAGCGAAGCUGUGGUGAGCUCUUUAAAUGCUAGCAAUGAGGCAUUAGAAAAUGUAAACGCAGAGCUUGAGCGAACUAAGUUGACAGUUGCUGAUUCUGAAAGGCGGAGCGAAGCUUUGGUGAUCUCUUUAAAUGCCAGCAAUGAGGCAUUAGAGAAUGUAAGUGCAGAACUUGAGAGAACUAAGUUGGCAGUUGCUGAUUCUGAAAGGCAGAGCGAAGCUAUGGUGAUCUCUUUAAAUGCUAGCAAUGAGGUAUCUGUUAAGCUGAAAGAUCAGCUGAAGAGUGCAAAAGAAAAUUUGGGGUGCAUGCGUGAUGAGUUGCUAUCAGAUACAACCUCGAGGGUGGAAUUAGAGAAUAAGGUUGCAGAUCUUUCCUCCCAGUUGAGUAUGAAAAAUGAUCAGCUGCUUUCUCUCGAUGCGCACAAAUCUGAACUUCUACAUCUCAAACAACUGGUAGCAGAUAUAGAACAUGAGAAGUCAAGAGUUUGUCAUCUUUUGUUGCUCAGUGAGGAGUCUGGGCGGAAGGCUGAUGCAGAUGUUUUGUCUCUUCAGGCCCGAGUCAGUGAUCUGGAAUGUCAAUUAGCUACACUUCAUGGGUUUGCAUUUGCCGCAGAUAUUGAACUUGUUUACACGAGAAGCCAGUUCCUAAGCAGAACGCAGGAGCUGGUUCAGCAACUUGAAACUCUAGAUAGUUGCUACAGGGAGCUUCAUAUCAAGCAUCUUGCUGUGCUGAACACAGUUAAUGACCGUAUUUCGAGCAAAGCUCAAUAUGUUGAAGAAAAUGCUGUGCUGCUGUCAACUCUCAGUUCCUUGAGGUCUGAGUUAGAAGCAACCGUAGUUGAGAGAAAAUCCCUUUUGGAUAGGAUUAAGGCUAUUUCUGAAGAGCUUGAGAAUCACAAGAAUAGAGCUGAUAUAGCAGAUAGUAAUGUUGUUGAAUGUACUAGUCGGCAUGAACUUGAGAUUGCACACCUGAAGCAGGCGUUGUUGAUUUCCCAAGAGGAGGCUAAUGUUCUGCUUUCCUCCCAAGAAGAACUUGAUACUACAAUAAUAGUCAUAAAAAGUAAACUGGAUGAACAGCAUCUUCAGAUUUCGUUGUUGGAGGAUGAGCUGACGCAGCUGCGGGACCAGCAAAAGGAGCUUACUCGAAGGCUUUCUGAGCAGAGUUUGAAAACCGAAGAGUUCAAGAACCUGUCCAUCCAUUUAAAAGAACUAAAAGAUAGGGCUGAGGCUGAGUGUGUCCAGGCUCGUGAAAAGAAAGAGGCUGAAGGUCAAUCAGUUGUUGCACAAGAAUCCUUGAGAAUGGUUUUCAUGAGAGAUCAAUGUGAAACUAAGGUUCAAGAGAUGAGAAAACAGAUUCUCGUCUCCAAAAAGCAUGGGGAGGAAAUGCUGUUCAAAUUACAAGAUGCUCUCAGUGAAGUAGAGAAUCUGAAAAAAGUUGAGGCUUCUCAAAUAAAAAGAAAUGAAGAACAGUCAGUGAAAAUUUUGGAUUUGGAGUCUGAAUUACAAAGAGUACUUGCCGAAAAGCGUGAAAAAGUCAAUGCUUAUGAUAGAAUGCAAGCAGAGCUUGAAUGCUCUUUGAUUAGCCUUGAAUGUUGUAAAGAGGAAAAGCAAAAACUUGAAGCUUCGUUGCAAGAAUGCAAUGAGGAAAGAUAUAAGAUCACAGUUGAACUUAACUCAGUGAAAGAACGGCUUGAAAGUCUUGCAUCCUCCACAAUUCUUCAAGAAGAAGGAAUCAGUAAAUCUGUUGUAGACGAGGAUUCGUGCAGAGAACUGGCAGAUGCCUCUCAAGUUCCUGUGCAGGACGGUGUUGUGUCCAGAAGUGUGGUUGGAAUUUCAAGGCAAGCUAGUGCUGGCCAGAAGGGCCUACUGCAAAACGAUGCACAUCACUUAGCUCUCAUUGAUGAACAUGCCAAAGCUCAAAGUAUAAUGUCUAGCAUGGACAACCUUCAUCACGAGUUGGAAAGAAUGAAGAAUGAGAACUUGGGUUCUAUUCACCCCCAUGAGCAGCAACAUUGUCAAUCUAUUUUUCAAGGUCUAGAAAGAGAACAGUUGCAAUUACACAAGACAAACGAGGAAUUAGGGAUCAUAUUUCCUUUAUUUAGUGAAUUUUCAAGUUGUGGGAAUGCACUGGAGAGGGUGCUAGCUCUGGAAAUGGAGCUUGCAGAAUCCUUGAAGACAAAGAAAAAGUCAGGCUUCCAAAGUUCUUUCUUAAAACAACACAGUGACGAAGAAGCCAUAUUCCAAAGUUUCAAGGACAUAAAUGAUUUGAUCAAGGACAUGUUGGAGAUUAAAGGAAGAUAUGUGACAGUGGAGACUGAGCUAAAAGAGAUGCACGAUCGUUACUCUCAACUAAGCCUCCAAUUAGCAGAGGUUGAAGGUGAGAGACAAAAACUUGUUAUGACACUCAAGAAUGCUAGAUCACCCAAAAGGCUCCCAUACUUGUAAUAAGAGAACAGUAAAACAAAUAGGAUAGAGAAAUUUUGAAUCUUUUAGAAAUUUAUUUAGACUCUGAAAUGGGAAAUGGGAACUUUCAUGCGGAUGGUACAUUGUUGUAAAUAUAAUCUAUGUAAAUUUUUCUGUAUAAAAUUUCGGAUUCAAUAUCCGAUUUCAUAUCA